AACUUGACCAACAUCAUCGUUUUCUUAAGACUUGGACUAAAAGACAGUAUCAACAUCUGCUUCCUGGUACUAUCCUGCACUGACCUGGUCAGCGUUUUGCUGUUGACAUUAGGGGACUGGUGUAAAAUGCUGCCUGGUUUUUUUCGGGAACAGUGGCGAAUCGACGGACAAAGUCUGUCUUGGUUUCUAGCGUUUUAUUACGGCCCGUUUUACGACGUCUCGCAAGGCAUCACGACGUUCAUCGCAGUCCAGAAGAGCUGGUGUGUCGCGCUGCCUUUCCGCUUUAAAGACACGUUCACUUCUACCCGGACAUCAGCCAUCUUAACGGUAAUGUGUCUGGCAAUUUUUUCUAUCCACAUUCCGGUAUUCGCGUCACAAGAUCUUAUAGAAACGCUCGAUCCGGGCACUAACGGUACCCUUGUCAAGUUAUGGACAUCAGCCAUUCGAGAAAAGGUCUUCUCUGCCGUGGGGCUUGUGUCUUUGGUUUUCACCACCACGUGUCAGAUGACGGUCAUUUUCUGCUUGUUCGUUCUUGCUUCAACCUUACGCGCGUCGUCCAAGUUCAGGAGCUCAUCGACGACACCCAAUCUCGAUCCACCAAUUCCCGAUCUUAAGAACCAUAGAACCAAAUUCAAAGAUCGGUUUUAUAAAAAUGCAAAGACUCAGAAGAUGAGUUCCAAGAAGUUAGAGACAGAUUUCCCUGACAAAGUUCUCGCAAAAAGACUGUGCGAGAUGAAUACUUCUGAACGCAGAGGGGUCGACUUCGCCGUAGCACCGCCGCUCAGAAACACGUCUCGAAAAGAAGUCCAGGCGAUCAAGUCCACUACAUUCGUGUCGAUUCUGUUCGUCUCGUGCAACACGCUGAAACUGUUGAAUUACUACGUUCUGGUGUGCGUCCCGGACUACAGCAUCUUCGGCCGUUACCAGAGCGCCUACGUGAUGACCAACGAUAUCAGGAUGACGCUGGAAGCCCUGAACAUCUCGUGCAACAUAUUCAUCUACCUCAAAUUCAACUCGCGGUUCAGGGCAAAGCUUUCGUCCGGUUUGGGG